AUGACGCCUAGGUUUCUUGCCCCGUUAGUCACCUCUAUUGUGACAAGAAGACAACGAGCACUAAAGAUAAUACUCAAAUAUCUGUUCCCCCUUGUGGAAGAACGCCUAAGAAUGGAUUGCAUCCAGUGGAUCAUUGAUUCCGCGCCGAAGAAAGAACAGUGGGAUGCUAAACGAAUCAUCCAAGAAGCUUUGGCACUGUGGUUUGGCUCUGUUCACCAAUUAGCAAUGAGCUUCGUGUUCGCGCUCUACGACCUCUGCGAGCACCCUGAAUACAUCGAGAAACUGCGCGAAGAACUCGCACAAACUGGGGAGAAGCGGCAGUGGUCCCCGAACAGCCUGCCACUACUCGAUAGCUUCCUGAAAGAGUCGGCACGGAUGAACCCUUCUGACAGCAUAUCAAUCCGCCGUAAAGCUCUCAGUCCUUACACAUUGUCUGAUGGAACGUUGGUACCUACGGGCAGUUGGGCCUGCGUCCCGCAGCGCGCCAUCUUGCGAGCUCCGACGUACUAUAGUGAUCCAAAUGUCUUCAAUGGAUUUCGUUUCGCCACAGAAGGGGCUGUUGGGAAGCACUGUCCGAAACCUGGACCUCUCACGGACAUUGACGGAACAUUUCCCUUAUGGGGCCUGGGCAAGCGAGCUUGUCCUGGUCGUUUCUAUGCCGUCGAGGCUCUCAAGAUGAUGGUCGGGCACGUGUUGGAGAGAUAUGAUUUUGAGCUCGAAAAUCAUACAGCCCGACGUACAUUCUCAUGGCGCUCAGCGACCAUUCCCCGCUCUGACGUUAAGAUAUCAUUGCGCAGAAAGGAGGCAUAA